CAACUGACUCCACUAGAGGCCUUUGACAACAUAGGGAAAAGGCAAGGCUUACAAACUUCCUUCACCCAAACCAGCACCACCUCCCUCUUUUCUGAGCUCAGAUCACAUUAUAAAUCCUACUCCAGAGCAUUACUGCUCUGCUAUGCAGUAGAAAUUAGUCUCAAGCCAUCCAGAACCACUCAGGGAGCCAGAACCAUUGCUCUCUUAACCGAGGACCAGCAGCCUUGCAGGUUCUCUGCACCAGACAGCCCAGUCACUUCCAUGGAGCACUACCCAACAGACUGUGGACCAAAAGGGGAUAAUGUGGACACCAUGGAACCAGUUGUGUUUGGAGUGGUGGAGCCUCCUAAGAGGUCCAGAGGAAAGCUUAUCAUGCACGGCAUGGUCAUGUUUGGAAGGGAAUUCUGCUACGCUGUUGAGGCGGCAUUUGUCACGCCGGUGUUGCUGAGCGUUGGACUCCCCAGGCGCCUGUACAGUCUGGUGUGGCUCAUUAGCCCUAUAUUGGGCUUCAUCCUGCAGCCUGUCACUGGUUCGGCAAGCGACUACUGUAGGUCCCCAUGGGGCCGGAGGCGACCAUACAUAUUGUUACUGGGGAUUAUGAUGUUAGUGGGCUUAACUUUAUUUCUAAACGGCGAUGCGGUGACAUCAGCCACAGUGCAGGACAGAGAUCUGAAAAGGACAUGGGCCAUCGUGGUCGUCAUGUUUGGAGUGGUGAUGUUUGAUUUUGCAGCAGACUUCAUUGAUGGGCCCAUUAAAGCCUAUUUGUUUGACGUGUGUUCUCAUCGGGACAAAGAGAGAGGUCUUCAUUAUCAUGCCUUACUCACUGGUCUCGGUGGAGCUUUUGGUUACCUUCUUGGAGCCAUGGACUGGGGUCACUCAGCUUUAGGUGUCGUGCUGGGCUCAGAGUACCAAGUCAUCUAUUUUUUUUCAUCGUUGACCUGGGGCGUCUUUCUCACCAUGCACCUUUUCAGCAUCCCAGAGAUACCACUGAGUAAAGAUCACAAUUCAGACACCCCUAACUCUCUGCUCCUGGAAACCCCACAAAAUAAUGUCUAUGGUGCUGUGUCCAAAGAGCCGCUUCCUUUGCCUGAAAUGAGACAGCGCUCCUUCUCUGCUCUCAGUGAAGCGAAUGCAGUAACACCCAGUGCUAAGCAGCUGAACAGCGAGGUUCAGAAGAGGAUGACUCUGAAAUCUUUACUGUCAGCCAUGAUUAGCAUGCCCAGCCAUUACCGCUGUCUAUGUAUGAGUCAUCUCCUGGGCUGGACUGCCUUCCUGUGCAACAUGCUCUUCUUUACUGACUUUUUGGGGCAGAUUGUGUACAAGGGGAACCCGUAUGCUGAGCAUAAUUCCACCUCCUAUGUGACUUAUGAGAGAGGUGUUGAGGUGGGCUGCUGGGGCCUUUGCAUCAAUGCCAUCUCCUCUGCUCUCUAUUCAUAUGUGCAGAGACUGCUCUUGCCUCAUAUUGGCCUGAAAGGACUAUACUUCCUGGGCUACUUUGUGUUUGGUUUGGGAACCGGUUUGAUCGGCCUGUUUCCAAACAUUGUUGCCACCCUGACCCUGUGCACUGUGUUUGGUGUCAUGUCCAGUACUCUUUACACAAUCCCAUUCAACCUCAUUUCUGAGUACCACAAAGAGGAAGAGGAGCAGAGGAAACUAGGCAGUGAAGACCCAGCUCUUGAGGGCCGUGGUAUUGGCAUGGACUGCGCAGCUCUUACCUGCAUGGUGCAGCUAGCUCAGGUUAUAGUGGGUGCUGGACUUGGAGCCCUGGUCAACCUGGCAGACAGCGUCAUUGUGGUGGUGCUCUCUGCCUCGACAGUGUCCCUUAUUGGCUGCCUUUUUAUUGCUCUCUUUAUGUAAUGUAUGGACUAAACUUCAGAAAUAAACACACUUUCUCCAUUUUAUGUGGUCCAUGUCCACCAUUUACUGAGAAAAAGAGAUUUUUGAUACAGAAUUUGUGUUUGGGUUUUGUUUAAGUAAGGAAAGGGCACAGAUGGUUUGAUUGCUGAUGGUUUGUGGAGCGUGGUGCAGAUUGCUGUUUACACAUGCUUGUAUUUGCUAAUUCCAUCAAAUCAUUCUCUGUGCAUUUCAGUACACAUUCUAAAAUCACAUCCUUUAAAAGUGUAGCCGAAAAAUGUAUUGUAUGUACUCAAAUAAGUGUUGACAAUAUUGCAAGGUUUGGAUGUUUUGUUUUGUGCAAAUGCACUGAUCUGUUAUGGAGUGGUGUAUUGGUUUUUGAGGGGAUGUGUAUUAUCUUGUCCCCUAUCAAAUUCCAUUUAUGUCAUCACAAGUUCAGAAAAAAAAAAUAAAUAAAUAAAUGUGGAGAAAUAAAAGGAAAGAUUUAAAUUUAGCAUUUUAUUUUAUUUCAUUGUUUGCCUAAUUAAUGAACUGCUGGCAGAGAGCUGUAAGGAAAGUGUUUUGUGUUUAUAAUGUGUUUAUAAUUUAUAAAGUGUUUAGAAUUUUACACACACACACACACACACACACAUACACACACAUAUAUAUAUAUAUAUAUA